GGCGCGCCCGGGCGCCGCGCCGGCCGGCGACGGCACGCCGCCACCGCCGGAGGCGGGCGCGCGGAACGGCACGGUCGGCGCAGACGCCGCCGGCACGCCCGAGGCGCCGCCCGUCGUCAACGGUGACGCUGAGAGGGAGACGCCGCCCGCCGGCCGGCCACCGACUCACAUGGACGGCAUCAGAGCCGACCUGGUCUCGCUGUCAGGCAAGACGCAGUACGGCCGCGAGGACCUGCUGCGGCUGCAGCACUGCCCGCUAUCGCAGCGGCGGCCGGCGGCGCUGCCCGACCUGCCGUCGAUCGUGCGCAGGGACCGGUCGGCGCCGCCCGACCCGCGCGCCGCCAUGGCCGCCUUCAAGUCGCGCAGCAUGGGCGGCAACACCGAGUUCUUGUCCGGCUUCAAGCCGGCCGUCGGACCGCCCGGCAAGUACCGCGGCCGCGGCUCGGGCCAGGGCCGUCGCGACACGCCGCAGCAGGGGCCGCCGCCGCCGCGCCGCAUCGAGAUCAGCCUGAACCGCGACGUCAAGCUGCGCACCACCGACAACGCGUGGAAGCCGUCCAAGGCGGCGGCCGACACGGUCGACGAGGCCGACGCCGAGAUGGCUAUCAUCCGCGCGCUCAAGGGCAUCCUCAACAAGAUCACGCCCAGCAACAUCGAACGCCAGAUCGAGAACAUCAGAAAGCUGGAGGUGAAGGGCAAGGAGCGACUCGCCAACAUGAUCAACGUGCUGUUCGACAAGGCGGUGGACGAGCCGGCGUACGCCAGCCAGUACGCCACCGUCUGCGUGGCCAUGGCCAAGUUCGAGGUGGACGUCGACGCCAAGGAAGGGAAGCCCGUCACGUUCCGCAAGCUGCUGCUCACCAAGUGCCAGGAGGAGUUUGAGAAGGACAAGUCGCUGGGCGUGAACCGGGAGGCGCGACAGCUGGAGAUCGAGGCUCAGACGGACCCGGCGCUGCGGCGCGAGAAGGCGCACGCGCUGGCCGAGGAGGAGCGCCGCGUGCGCCUGCGCUCCAACGGCAACAUCCGCUUCAUCGGCGAGCUCUACAAGCUGGGCAUGCUGACGGACCGCAUCAUGCAGCAGUGCAUCGUCAAGCUGCUGCACGACAAGCACGAGGACUCGUACGAGUGCCUGACCAAGCUGGUCACCACCAUCGGCCAGAAGCUGGAGAAGGCCGAGCAGACGCGCGGCAAGAACCUGAGCCCGCAGUUCGACGAGUUCCGGCGGCUGUCCACGGACAAGGCGCUCUCUUCGCGUGUGCGCUUCAUGCUGCAGGACCUGAUCGAGCUGCGCGCCAACAGCUGGGUCAGCACGCGCGCCGCCGGCCAGCCGCGGCCCAUGACCAUCGAGGAGGUGCACGAACAGGCGCGUCGACAGGCGGCCGAGCAGCAGGUGGCGCUGGCGCAGGCCGAGGACCGGCGGGCGCGCGCCAUCGUCGGCGAGUUCCUCGAGAACGGAGAUAUCGAGGUGAGGGACGGCAGGCUGCUGCCGGCGAGCAUGGAGGAUUGCGAGACGCACCUGCACGAGGCCACGCUGUCCACAUUCGUGGCCCAGUGCCUGGACGUGUUCGUGGACGCCCGCUCCUCGGAGCAGCGCCACGCGGCCGGCCAGCUGCACCGCCUGCUGCUGGAGCGUGGCCUGCUCACGCCCGCCAUCUACCUGGCCGGCGCUGGCGACGUGCUCGACGCCGCUGUCGACCUGGCCACGGACGUGCCGGCCAUCUGGACGAACCUGGCGCAGCUACUGGCGCCGGCGCUGCUGCGGCUGCGCGCGCUCGUGCCGCACGACUUGGACUGGGCGCUGUUCUUCGGCGAGGAGGACCCGGCGCGCGCCCUGAAGGAGGCGCCCAAGAGGCGGGGCCUGCGCGCGCUGCUCUCGGCCAUCCGCGCCGACGGCGAGCUGGCCCGCUGGCUGGAGGCCAACUGCAGUUCGGAGGACCGCCGCAACCCGGGCUUCGUCACCGACCUCGUCUCGGCCAUCGCCUUCAACGCCAUUGUGAUAGAGGGUGGCGCGCUGCGCGUGUCGGCGUCCCGUCUGGAGCGGUUCGCCGAGCUGCUGCGCGCCGAGCUGGACACGGCCGACCGCGAGCUAACCGCCGUCAACAGUGUGCAGACGCUGGCCGAGCACCUCGGCUUCCCGACAGGCCUGCUGGACCAGCUGCUAAGGCAGCUACACGACCUUGAAGCGGUGCCGGAGGCGGCGUUCCGGCGCUGGCGCGACUCGGCCGACCCCGAGGGCGAGGGCGUGGUGGCCGCCUCGAUGCGCGCCUUCUUCCAGGCGCUGGACGCGGCCGGCGAGGAGGAGCCGCGCGUGUGAUGGCCGCCGCGCCGCGCCGCGCCACAUUAGCCUAAUGGGACGGGAGGGGCGGGACGCUGC